AUGACGCUGGUCCCGCCGGAGCGCCUCCUCCUCCGGGAGCACGGCCCCCGGCUCCUGGGGUGCAUCGCCCUGCUCUGGGACCCGCCCUGUGCCCCGCCGGUGCCGGGGGAUGCCGGCAUGCCGGGGCCCGCCUGCCUGCAAGGCCCUGCCCUGAGCCCGGUGCUGGAGCCCGGCCGCGCCAUGGAGGAGCCGGCUGGCGGCGGGACCGAGCCGUGGGCUGAGGGGCUGCGCAACAGCAACAACAACGCUUCUCCCGGGGGGUGGCCGGGAACCCGUGGUGGGCACCCCCUGGCACCUUUCGGCGGCCCCGGGGCCGAGCCCAGCUACCUGGGGCGGGUGGUGCUGGAGAUCGUGGAGUCGGAGCGCACUUAUGCCCGCGACCUGCGCAGCAUCGUGGAGGGUUACCUGGGCAAGAUCAUUGACACGGAGGAGCCGGUGCUGCGGCCAGAGCAGGUCAGCGCGCUCUUCGGCAACAUCGAGGACAUCUACGAGCUCAGCAGCACCCUGCUGCAAAACCUGGAGAGCUGCGCCAGCGACCCCGUGGCCGUGGCCGUCUGCUUCGUCACCCGGAGCCAGGAGUUUGCCAUCUACACUCAGUACUGCAACAACUACCCCAGCUCAGUGGCGGCGCUGGCCGAGUGCAUGAGGAGCAAGCCGCAGGCUCGGUUCCUCCGCGAGUGCCAGGAGCGGCUGCGGCACGCGUUGCCCCUCGGCGCCUACCUGCUCAAGCCCGUCCAGAGGAUCCUCAAGUACCACCUGCUGCUCCAGGAGAUCGCCAAGCACUUUGAGCACAAGUCAGGGGAUGACUACGAAGUGGUGCUGGAAGCCAUUGACACCAUGACCUGCGUCGCCUGGUACAUCAACGACAUGAAGCGCAAGCACGAGCACGCCAUCCGCCAGCAGGAGAUCCAGUCACUGCUGCUGGGUUGGAAGGGGCCGGACCUGACCAGCUACGGGGAGCUGGUGCUGGAGGGCACCUUCCGAGUGCAGCGGGUGCGCCAUGAGCGCGCCGUCUUCCUCUUCGACAAGACCCUCCUCAUUACCAAGCGCCGCGGUGACCACUACGUCUACAAGAGCCACAUCCCGUGCUCCUCGCUGAUGCUGAUCGAGAGCACGCGGGACUCACUCUGCUUCAGCGUGGCUCACUACAAGCAUGGCAAGCAGCAGCACAGCCUGCAGGCCAAGAGCGUAGAGGAGAAGCGUGUGUGGACCCACCACAUCAAGCGGCUUAUCCUGGAGAACCACCAUGCCAUCAUCCCCCAGAAGGCUAAGGAAGCCAUCCUGGAGAUGGACUUGUUCUACCCCCCGCGCCUGCCCCGCUGCAGCCCCGAGCGCCUGAAGAAGAGCUGGUCCUGCCAGCCCCUGGGCGACAUCGCCGCCGAACCGCGGCAGGGCCGCCGGCAGUCCGAGCCUGCCAAGCAGAUCCUGCGGCAGCUGGGCGAGCAAGGGCUCAAGCACGCUGGAAGCGACGGGGCUCUCCUGGAGGCAGGGGACCCCCCCCAGCACCCCAGAUCCUGGGCGGCUACUGAGGGAGUGGUGGAGGAGGAAGAGGAGGAGGAGGAAGAAGAGGAAGAGAUGGAGGAGGCUUUGGGCAAGGACUACCAGGAGGAGCUGCCGGGGGCCAGGGACCUGCCGGUGGAACCCCAGGAGGAGCAGGCUGAGGGGCACCCACCAGCACUGGAGGGACCCAAGCGGCCGAGCAGCUGGGGGCCGGGGAGCUGCGAGAAGGUCAGUGCAGCCCCGCAGCCCCCGCCCGGGGGUCCCGAAGGACCCAGCACCCACCCGCCCGCUCCUCCGCAGGCCGGCAGCUCCGGGGAGCACCCUGAGGGGCUGGGGGCACCCGAAGCCCCGUCCUCGGCGGGGACCCCGGUACCGGCGCUGCCUGGCGGGGAGGGGGAGCCGGAGCGUGCUGCAGAGGAUUUGCAGGGGCUGAGCAGCGAGGAGGAGGAGGAGGAGGAAGAAGAAGGAGCUGCCGACAGCAUCCUGCCGCCUUCGGUGCUGGACCAGGCCAGCGUCAUCGCCGAACGCUUCGGCGGCGGCGGCAGCUUCUCCCGCCGCAGCAGCCUGGCGCUGGAGGGGCCGGUGGGACGGCCGGCCAGCCGCAGCGGCAGCGCCCUCAGCCUGGAUGGCAGUCCCCAGCUUGAGAGCGGGGAGCCCGGGGGCUCCCACAGCAUCGUCCCCGAGCCCGAGCCCCUCACCGGAACCCGCCGGGAGUCGCUGCUUUCCAGCCGGGACCGCUUGCUCCUCGAUAAGAUCAAGAGCUACUACGGUCAGGCCGAACACCGGGACGCCGGCUUCAGUGUCCGCCGCCGCGAGAGCCUCUCCUUCAUCCCCAAGGGGCUGGUGCGAAGCUCCGUCUCCCGCCUCAACGGCCUCCCCCGGCCCCCGGCAAGCCCCGAGCCCCCCAUCCAGCCCGCACCGGGGGAGCCCGAGGCGUCACCGGAGGAGCCGUGCCGGGAGAAUGGGCUGCAGCCCUCUGAGCCGCUGCUCAUCCCCCCCGAUGCCCCUGAGCCCCCCGAACCCCCUCGCCACGGCCUCGUCAGGGACCUGCGGCAGAAAUUUCAGACCCUCGACGCCGCCAGCUAG